AUGACUGCAUCGCCAUCACUCACCAAGAAAAAGGCUAAAAGAGUACUUUGUGUCAACCCAGCCUCAUUGACGCAACCACCACCACGAGCAAAGUCGUGGUAUCUCGAAGCCCCUAAAGCUCCAACUGAACCUCUUUCAAUGGCAGCUCCACUCGCCUCUGUCCUUGGUUCUUCCAAAAAGGCCCAAGCAUCUCUCUCUGAUGAUGCCUCUGAUCAUGAGGAUGCUUCGGCCAAAACCCAUUUUGACUCCACCGAAUCUUCUGAUGUUCUUGCACCCAAGAAGAAAAACAAACGGUGGUUCCAGGUUUCCUCUUCUCAAAAAUCCCUUAGGUCCAAAGGUUCUCACCCUUCGAAUUCCACUCCAAAGGCAUCUUCUCUCAUGGGUUCCACUCCUCUCUCCAAGUUUUGGACAAAGGUGAAGAAAAUUCCUCCGCCAUGUUCCUCCUCUGAAUCUGACUCAUCUGAAGCUUUUGAACCCUCUAAUCUUGAUCCACUUGAAGAUGGUGCCUCAAUUGAAGAUGAUGUUGAAUCUGAAGCCGAAUCUGACCCAUCAGACGACCCUUCUGUUUCUCCAAAGGGCAAGAAAGCUAUGAAAAUUCCUAAGAUUUGUACAAAGUCACCAGUGGUUCCUAAAGCCACAACAGGUUCGUCUUUUAAAGCUCAUUCUUUGAAUUUAUGUUUCAAUGACAAUGAGACAAAUAUGAAGCAUUAUGUGCAUAGAGAUGUUAUUUGUGAGAAAAAAAUUUCUUUCUCUGCCCAUAGAGUUUUUGGGGUCAUUAAGAAUAUUGAGGAUAAAUGGUGGUUGGGAUCUUUAACUAGGUUUGAUGGUUUUGUCCCUCGGGCUUUUCAGGAAUUCUAUGCUAAUCUUAAUGAUGAAUUGUUUGAUAGUAAGUCUUUUAUGUUUGGUCACGUUUAUGUUCGGGGACAUUGGUAUUUGUUUAGUGCUGUUGAAAUUGCCAAGGUUCUCAAUGUGCCUUCUGUUGUCACCAAUGAUGCGGUGGAUUUCAACAAAGAUAAGGUUUUAUCUGAAUUGGUGGGACAUAAUAUGGUUUGGGAACAACACUUGGUUCUCAAAGUGACUGAUCUUACUCAUUACUAUGUCAUGCGUCACAAAUUUUCCAUCAACCACUGGAUUCCCACCACUCAUAACUCCACCAUUACCCUUGACACAGCUUUCUUUCUGUUCAUAGUCGGGACUGGUCUCCAAGUUGAUCUUGCUACUCUAAUUUUUUAUCAGAUCAUUGCCUUAGGAAAUGCCGAAAAGAAAGGCCAGUAUUUGGUGUUUUCUCAUUUGAUCUACAAGUUUCUUGAUUCUCAAAAGCCUCUCCGAUUGGAAUAUGAAAUCGUGAUACCUCCCACUGCCGGCGUAGAUUACAAACUCAAUAAGGAAUCCUUAUCUUCCAAGAUGAAUAAAGGGAUUGUUCUCAAGGUUGACGAUGCUGAUUCUGUCAUCACUGAACUUGCUGGUGCCAAGACCACUCUGGAAACUAUUCAGACAGAAGUUCACAAUCUCCAGAAUUGUCUCUCGACCAUCAAGCAACUUCAACGCACCAUGACGUCUCAAUUUGCUGCGGGUCCUUCCAAAUAA